UAAUUCGCUAAGUGAUAUGACUUGGAUUAAAGCCAUGCUUUUGAUGGCUGAAUCCAGCCCAUUCCUUAGCUUUUCUUAGAGUGUCCAUCCUCAUGGCGAAGGUAAUAGCUAGAGCCAUGUUUAUUGCCACAACUCUAUGGAGUUUCAAGGGCCAUGCCACCACCAAGAAGCAUGCUACUCACAAACACCAUUUAAGAGUUUGGUGGUGGGUCCUCUUAAAACAGCUGCAAGCUUUUUGCAGCUAAAGCUGAGUCAGGCAUCCUCUCUUAAUGAGUUGUGUUUACCUCUAGCUAACAGCCCACCCGAGAAAAUGCUGCUACCAUGAAGCCAGGCUUAACUCUGUCCUUUUGUUUCUGGAAUUACUUCCCAAACUCUCAGAUUUUAAGUGGAUAUAGCUGUCCACGUUGGUGGCGAAAAAUACAGGCAGAAUAUGCUAGUCAUUGAGAUUGGGAAGAAAUAAUGAAGCAGUACCAGGAGAAAACUAUCUUGAUCUGGUUAAUAAAGUAAGAACUUUAAGAAGGUUUAUUAAAUUACUAGAAGAAAUAAUGACGUAUAAUUACAAGUUAUACCAAUAGUUUAGGAGGUGUUUGACAUUGCAAUGCAAAUUAUACUUUGACAACUUAUUAUCUCAACAGGCUUAUUGUGGAAAAAUGAAUCUCGACCACACGAAUGAACUCUUAGUAAUGCCAGUUCAGCCUGGAGAAGGAAAUAAAGCUUCCUUCAGUGACAUGCAUGCUUUGUCCAGCAGUGAGCACUCUUUCCCAUAGCACUUCCCCAGGUUUUGUUUUUGUUUGCCAGUCUUAAAUUGCCUGAAAUGUUUGCUGUUAAUCUUAUUGGCUAAAACCCCUCCUCGUGAUGCCCUGUUACAGGCACACUGCCCUCCACUCACAGCGUCUCACAGGAUUGUCUGCAAGACAGCAGACGCUUGCCCAUGCAGAAUGAUGGUAGCUGGGCUGGCCAAUAUGGGCAGUGAUCCUCACAGUUUCGGAGGAAAUGCUGUCCUUCUCGGAUGUGGCCAUCGAGUUCUCUCCAGAAGAGAGGGAAUGUCUGGAGCCUGCUCAGUGGAAUCUGUACAGGGAUGUGAUGCUGGAGAAUUACAGCCACCUUGAAUUCCUGGGUCUUGCUGUCCCUAAGCCACACCUGGUGACAUUUCUGGAGCAAAGACCAGAGCCUUCAGAUGGGGAGAGACAAGCAGCAGCCACCGUGCACCCAGGAACAACACCCGAAGAUGAUAGCAUUUUAUCCGAGGACAGUGAUCAUAACUCACUACAGAGUCAAUGCCAGAGAAUUCAUAAAAGGAUUAAAACCUACAAGUGUGAAGAAUGUGGUAAGGCCCUUAGUUCUUAUAAAGCGCUUUCCACACACCAGAGACUUCACACUGGAGAAAAACCCUACGAGUGUAAAGAAUGUCACAAGGCCUUCAAUACUGCUGGAGCACUUUUCAUACACCAGAAAGAUCAUACUGAUGAGAAAACCUACAAGUGUGGAGACUGCGGCAGAUCGUUUUACUAUCUUUCAAUGCUGAAGCAACAUCAGAGAAUUCAUUCUAGAGAGAAACCCUACAAAUGCGAAGAAUGCGGCAGAUGUUUUUUCUCUUUUUCAUACCUUAGACAACAUCAAAGAAAACAUUCUGGAGAGAAACCAUACAAGUGUGAGAAGUGCAGCAAGUGUUUUUGCUUCACUUCAUCCCUCCGGCGACAUCAAGCUCUACAUUCAGAAGAGCAUCCCUAUAAGUGUGUUGAGUGUGGCAAAACUUUUUCCUCUUUUACAUACCUUCAGGAACAUCAGUUAUUUCAUACUGGACAGAAAUCUUACAAGUGUGAAGUGUGUGGCAAAUGUUUUUACUUGCCCUCAUCCCUUCGGCGACAUCAAACAAUACAUUCUGAAGACAAGAUCUACGAUUGUGAAGACUGUGGCAGAAGCUUUAGCUCUUCUUUAUCCUUUAGGCGACAUCAAUCAACCCAUUCAGCAGACAGUUCUUAUACCUGUGUACACUGCGGCAAAUCGUUUUCCUAUUCUAGGGAUCUUCAGGAUCAUCAAAGAGUUCACACUGGAGAGAAACCCUACAAGUGUGAGGAGUGUGACAAAGCCUUUCAUUAUCACUCAUCUCUUAAGACACACAGGAGAGUUCAUAUGGAAGAGAAACCCUACAAGUGUGAGGAGUGUGGCAAAGCCUUUCGUUGUAACUCGUCCCUUAGGAGACACAAGAAAGUUCAUAAUGGAAAGAUACCCUACAAGUGUACAGAGUGUGACAGGUGCUUUUGCUCAUCUAUAAUCCUUAGACGCCAUCAGAGAAUCCAUUCUGAAGACAAUUGUCAUACCUGUGUACACUGCAGCAAAAGGUUUUUAAAUUCUAGGGAUCUUCAGGUUCACCAAAGAAUUCAUACUGGAGAGAAACCGUACAAUUGUGAAGAAUGUCACAAGGCCUUUCAUUGUAGCUCAUCCCUUAGGAGACACAUGAGAAUUCAUUCUGGAGAGAAACCGUACAAGUGUGAAGAGUGUGACAAAACCUUUCAUCUUAACUCAUCCCUUAGGAUACACAAGAGAGUUCAUACUGGAGAGAAACCCUACAAGUGUGAAUACUGUGGCAGAUGCUUUUCUUCGCCUUCAUCCUUUAUCCGACAUAAAAAAAACCUUCAUUCUGAAGAGGAUCCCUAAAAUUAUGGGGAAUGUAGCAAAGCCUUUAUUAAUCUCAGUAUCCUUAUUCAACACAUGAUAUAGUUAAUACAGGGGAGAAGUCAAACAAAUGUCUUAAAAAGUUUACUUCUUCAAACCUUAAAACACAUCAGAUGUUUCAUUCUGACUGCAAACUUCGUGAGUGUGCGAAGUGUUUGUUUGGAAAGUCUUUGUCAACAAAUCAGGUAUUAUCCAACAAUUAUAAAUACAUAUGGAUAAUACUGAGUUAAUCAUAUCAGAAUGUCAUCAGAGAAGAAUAGAGACUUCUCUUUGCUGUAACUCCCAACAGUUUAUUCAAGCAAUGUGUUUGAAACUUGCCUUUAUUAAUAAUCUCUAUCUUCGGUAAUUAUAAAUACUCCAUUAAAUCUUUACCAUGUCAUAGCUUUGUCCCUUAGUUGCCCAGAAUCUGAGAUCUGAAUAUUUACUAUUGUUUUUCCCAGUGGAAUCAUCCAUCUCCCCUUAGUGUAAAAUAAAAAUAUAGCUGAGCUAGCAGUUUUUCAUCCCACGUUUGACUCUGGAAUCCUUGUUGCUUAUAUAAAAGGACAGAGACAGAGUUAAAACAGCAUGAUUGCUCCUGCAAUUAUAAGGCCUCUGCAGCAAGGCAGCAGCUGUGGCGGCAGAGGUGCCGUCAUCAGCUGAGGCAGUGAUAGUUUCAGGUGCAGCUGCUGUGCCUCAGAGAAAAACCGCAGUGCCUGUAGAGCAACAAUGGUGUUAAAGCUCUGGGGUAACCAAUCAUUUUCUGACUGCAUUUGAAGUUCCUUUUACAAACUGUAACUCAUGUGAUGUUAAUUUGUGAUAAACUUGUGCCUGACUAGGUGAUAAAUCCUAGGGAGGAUUUGAUGCUGUCAUUCUAAUGAGUGGACAGUAGCUAAAUGAACCCAAGUUCUCAUCUUUAUACCCACAGUCAGGCACCUCUCAACCUUCACCACAAUGUAUUAAUUGUGGGGUAGAUGACGAAGGCUACACAGAUGCAAAACGAUCAGAGUGUGGAGAAUAUUCCUCUGUGGAGGGCCCCAAUCCAAAGGUGACACCUGCAUCACACAUUGUCAGUGAUUUCCCUUGCACACAUCUAAAGCCAAAAGUCAUGGAGAAGAGUUGGAAAGAAUGUCAGAGCCAGGUACAGUAGAUGUGUGCCCUGAAGCAGUAGAAAUGUUGAGACAUUUCUAGAACAGUGAAACAUUGAUAGAAAUGUUAAUACCAAUUAA